AUGACCUCUCGACAACGGCAACGAGCUGCUGAUGUUUUCUCCAUUACCGAUGACGUCCUAGCGGAACGCCUGCAGUUCAUUGAAGAAGUGGGCUUUGGCAACUGGGGCAGCGUUUGGUUGUGCCGCCCAAAACCAGACCCGGCAUCGCCGUCGUCACAGUCCCAGUAUGCUCUUCGCGACGCGAUGAUCGCGGUCAAGCUCGUCCACCGCUCGAAGUCGUCAACUACAGCGGCACGUGUUAAGUCUUUGUGGAACGAGAUGAGAGUGAUCAAAGCACUCAAAUAUGAACCGCAUCCAUCUGUCAUCCCCUUUUACUCAUUCAUUGUGACGCCCUCAUACGCCUUGAUCACGAUGCCGUACCACUCGCGACCGAUCCCCGUUGAAGUGCCGGAGGCAGGCUCGAAACAGUGGUUUCGCUCUUUACUGUCUGCCGUCGAAUUUCUACACAAACGCGGCGUCGUGCAUAAUGAUAUCAAACCGACGAAUAUCCUCUUGUCACAAGAGAAUGUCCCUGUACUGAUCGACUUUGGCUUUGCCGAACAUCACGACGCCAAGACAAACAAAGCAUUCCAUAGCAACCUCUCAUAUGGUACACCUGAGUACCUAUCACCAGAGCGUGCCAAAGGGCUUCAACAUGAUACCCGCAAGUCGGACGUCUGGGCUCUGGGUGUUACGUUCUUCGAAAUCCUCGUGGGCCGCACCCCGUUUGAGCAUUCCGACCAGGAGCAGUUCGCCACCAAGGAGGACCUAGAGAUCUAUUGGGAGAGAACGCUCCGGGGAGAAUGGUUAGGAACAUGGAACAUGUCUGAGGGCCUUGAGCAAUUAUUGAGGAUGAUGAUUCUGCCAAAUCCCGAUUUACGUUGGACGGCCUCAAAAGCCAUCGCACACGGCUACUGGGAUAGGACGGACGCGAUGUUCAUCUUCCAUGGUGAGUGUGUUUUCCGCUUGUCGAUCCCAUCUUCUUGA